AUGAGUGCGGCGGCGCACAAGAUCCCCAGCGGGCCUACCAUCAAAUCCACGGCUGCUGACGAGGAAGAUGUUAAUCGCGCAGUUGUAGAUGGAGCGCCAUUGAAGGCCACGGCGGCAUCAACGCAGAGGAUAAGCUCGUCUCUUAGAAGGCGCGCUUGCGACGCAUGUCGAGCUCGCAAAGUCAGAUGCGAUACGCAGGAUCCACCCUGCAAUAGAUGCGCCAAGAUGGGGGUAGCAUGCCACUAUUCAGGUCGAGCGAAACAGACAAACUCCAGAAUUGGCAUGUCAAGAUUUCUUGAGACGUUGAAUAACAGACUCAAACAAGCAGAGGCACAGCUAGCUUCUACACAUUUGAUGCAGCAAAAUCAGCCGCAAUAUUCGGUGGCAUGGGGAGAAGCUAACAGCACUGGACUACCAAUAACACCCUCGCCACUUCAUGAAAUCUCACUCCGAGAAGAAGCCCAGUCGCAUUGGAAUUCUAUCCCCGCUCCUACAUAUUCUACAUAUGUCUUUCAGGAAUCAGACGCUACUACACCGGCAUUACCAGCUACUGAGGCUCCGGCAUUCUUACCGACCGACGAUUUUACAUCUUCCAACUUUGCGGAUAUCAUGAUGGCCCAGAACAUACUAGAUAACCAGCCUUUUGGGUUUGAGCCUGCGAUUUUUAAUAUUCCUUCGCCGGCUAAUGAGUCUGGGCCUGGCUUGGAGACAACUUUGCAGAAACUCUACGAACGAUACUUUGAGGUUUUCCAUCCCGUAAUUCCUAUCAUCGACCGAAGUCGCUUUGAGCAUGAAGUAUCGCAGCCAUAUCCCACCAGUGAAUUACAGGCUUUGUCUUAUGCCAUGGGAGCCUUGGCAGCAUUUUCUAUACCAGAGCUGCAAGACCAUGCAAUCUUUUAUCAUGAACAAGCCCGCAAUCUUAUUGAUCUUUGCGAGAGACAAGAGAGCGGCGUUUCAUUAGAGAAUAUUAAUAUCCUAGAAGCUUAUGUGAUAUUAACACUCUAUGAACUGAAUCAGCCAAAUUUUGCUCGCGCCUAUCUGACACUAGGCCGUGCAAUUAAGCUGGUUCAAAUUUUGGGUUUAGACAAUGUGAAAAGCAAACCCGGAUAUGCUCGAUGGGGCCUAAGCAAACAGCCCAAUCAUUCCAUCAGUCCGGCAGAGCAAGAAGAGAGGCGACGAGUUUUCUGGAGUCUCUUUAUUUUUGACUCGUUUGCCAGUAUCAGGUCAAACAUUAGCCCAACUUUUACUGGAGUCAUCAAUGUUUCACUUCCCAGCUCCAGCGAGUAUCCAGACUUCUUAGAUGAAAAGAUGCCGAGGCUGGAUCAAGUGUUUGACCUGACAGAGGUUUCAUUGUCGUCAUUCGCUGCCAAUACGUUGAUGAUUUCUCUUUACCAGCGCUACUUUAGACACGUUGAGUCCUCUUAUAAUGAGAAGUCGCAGGGAUUUUGGGAGACACACUAUGCUAUUGACAAAGCCAUCGAGCAUUGCCGGACAACUCUGUUAGUGCCGCACAUGAAUGGCAGCUGUGGCUAUGAUCCACUUGCCAUAGGGUUGCGAAUGAACCUGAACGCUAUAAGACUCAAUCUUCACGAGACAGCGCUUUUUAGAGUCCAGAAAGAUCAGCUGCCGGAGAAUCUUGCCAUGGACGCAAACUUUAAAUGCGCAUUUGCUGUUACCGAUAUUGUUAAAACCGUUCAAGUGGGCAUGCAGCUGACGGGCAGUAGAGCGGCUACUUUUCGACAGUUGAGUCGAUUCUUUGUCUGGCCUAUUACCACUGCCAUCCAAGUAUGCUUCCGAAUGCUUUACAGUGGAACAGGCGACUUCGCGUCCUAUAUCAGCUUUCUGCGGAUUUUGUCCCACGCAAUGAAGGAAAUCAUCAACCCGGAUCAAAUCCCCCCCGGGCUGUUCGAGACCGCAGAAGCCGAGAUUGCUGAUGCGACACGAAGGAUACGGAAGAAAUGA